GGUAGUUUGAACAAAACAGGCUUGGUGAUGUUACUACAAACAUAAAAGCCCCCUCCACUGCGCUAGUCUUCGGUGACUCUCACUCGGGUGUUCAGUCGCUGACCGUCAGUCGGUGGUAGUACGAGGUCCAGCGGCGCGGUGUACCCAGCGUUACCGGUGGAUACGAUCACGGCACGACAGGCCUGCAAAUCCUAAAGAUGCCCAUGAAGCUACUGGAGCAGUCGUCGGAGUCCCGGACGCGGGUGUACCGGGAGUACGGGAUGACGUCCCGAGGAGUCAGCCAGGAUAUCACAGCUCUCAAGGAAUGGCUGGCGAAACAACCACAUCUGCCCAUCAUCAGGGGAGAACACGUGGACCAGUGGCUGGAAAACUACUUGAUCAGCAGUAAGAACAGUCUACAACGCGCCAAGGAGGGCCUAGACUGCUACUUCAGCGUCAGAACGAUCAUCCCAGAAGUCUUCACUCUGAGAGACCCACUGCUGCCAGCUGUCCAGAAGAGUUUUGAGGUUAUGGGAGUGAUUAUCCUGCCUAAGCUGACUCCCGAGGGUCGUCGGGUAAUCAUGUUCUCACACCUGACUCCCAGCGCUGACGAGUUCGACGCCACGGUGAUGCUGAAGAGGAUAUCCAUGAUGAUGGAUGUGAUGCUCCAGGAGGGAGUAGACUACACGGGGAUGGAUGUGCUGGUGGAUACAAAGAACGUGGUGUUCGGCCAUCUGGCCCGGUACAACGCCUCCAUCCUCAGUAGAACUUUCAAGCUAGGAUGGAAAGGAUACCCCUUGAGGGUGAACAAAAUCCACGUGGUAAAUCCCUGGCCAAUGGUGGAGACGGGAAUCGCUCUGUUUACUUCCUUCAUGACAAACAAACUAAAGAGCAGGAUAGUAGUACACAGAAGUGUCAAAGAUCUUCACAGACUCAUACCUAAGAACGUGCUGCCUGCUGAUGUCGGAGGAGAAGAACCUUCGAUUGCUGAGCUGAAUAACAAAUGGAAACAGAAGAUCGAAGAGUACAGAGAAUGGUUCAUCUCCAACGAGAAAAUCAAAUCGGACGAAGCCAAGAGGGUGGGAAAAUGCAGCUUCGAAUCUGCAGCAGAAUCUGCAUUCGGAAAUUCCGGUUCCUUUAGGAAAAUCGAAGUUGAUUGAUAAAUUCAACAUGUGAGAGAAAACUAUGGAUAGAAAAUUCCUUGUUGAAAACCCGAGAUUAGCUUUAUCUUUGAUAAAGCUCUUUAGCUAUGAAGAGUUUUAGUGUAAACGUUAGUAGAUAUAAAACGUUCAAUGCGAGUACAAUGUUCAAUUCAAUAUUGAUUAACUAUACUAGAAUUACAAACGUUAAAUUAGUGUGUAACUUUUUCUAAUGUUAUUACCAAUACACAGAUGAUUUUAAUGGUCAAGAUGGUUUAUCAGGCUUAUUGGUAAAACAUCUCUUUUCAUUUUAAACCUGUUCGAACAUUUGGUCCAUUGUUUUAAGACCAAAUAACCGAUAAAUUUGGUGUGUUUACAUUGUGUUAGCUAUGCAUUUAUAAAAAGAUUCUUCUUAUUCUUACACCAACCUUUCUUAUUAUAGCUUUAUAUUGAUAUUGAAUUGUUCAAAGUUCAAAGAGAUACAACAAAGUGUUAUGUGCAUAUGGUGUAUGAAGACUUCCUCCCUCUUUAUAUGUAGAAAUUAGUUUAAUUUUGUAGUUAGAAGGUUUUUUGUUUUAAUUCUACAAUAUAUCGUAUGAGAAUGUAUUACAUAAAAAAAUCUUGUUUUUUAAUAUUAUCAAUAUUAAUAAUAUUAAUAUCUCUUCGCACUUCUAAAUUAUUAGUGAGUGUUUAUGCACUUUGAUUGAAAUAAAGUCUUUCCUUAUGUACAUACUUGUUAUCGCUUGUUUGCAAUAUUGGUUGUAAUUUAUUAGUUACUCUGUUAUGUAGAAUAGUAAGUCCAUUUGUAAUUUUAAUAAAGUGAGA